UUUUGGAAAGGAGGAAAUACACUCUUCCACGCUGCUUCACUCUUGCAAAAAUUUAAUAUUUACAAGGAUAUGAAAAAACAAUUUACUGGUGAAGAGGCGACAGAUCAGGCUACAAGAGUCCUUCUAGCAACACUUAGUAUUCCUGAUGGGGCUGAAAAUCCGUCAAUUUUGACAAAACAUUUGGAUAUUGAAGAACAGCAUGUUGCUAAUACAAGGAUUCUCUCCGCACUUUUACGUAUGCCUAUUAUUCCAACUCGUAAUGGAAUAUUGAAAGAAAUUGCUCGUUUAAACAUUCCGGAGAUUGCAGCACCUGAAGCUUUUAAAUUAUACAAAUGUAUUGAAAAUGAUUUUGAUCCUUUACGUAUUGCUACUAAUGUUCAAGAAAUGCUUUUAGAAAUUGAACAAUUGGGCGAAAAGUUGGGAUAUUCUGAAUAUGGUCAAUAUUCUAAUUCGAUUAAACAAACUGUUGCUGCAAAGAUUGUGAAACAGAUUUCGUCAAUUUAUGAGUCAAUAACACUUGAACGUCUUUCUGAAAUUAUUCCAUUUUAUAAUCGAAUGCAAUUGGAACAAUUUCUUGUUGAUAUUUGUAAACAACAUUCAGUUUCUGCACAUAUUGACCAUCGUCAAAAUUGUAUUUAUUUUGGCCCAGAAGAUGCAAUUUUGGCAAGUGAACUUGAAAGUGAGAAUGGAAAUAUUUCUGAGAUUUCAAAAAUCAAAAUGCAGGCGUCUUCAGUUUAUUCGCGUUUGCAGGAUGUUUAUCUUGAUAUUGACCAAAGUUCAGUUAAGGAGUUGCAGGAAAAGUUGGCCCGCCAAAUUAAAAUUUAUUUGACUCAUAAAGAUGGCGAUUUUGAACGUAUACUUGCACGUCGUAAGAAAAUUGAACACUAUAAAGAAAGUACUGAACAAAUGAAACAAGAAAAGUUGUUGCAAGUUCAGAUGUUGGCUAAUAAACAAGAAGAAAAACGUCGAACUGAAGAAUAUAAAAAAUUAAUGGAAGAAAAUAAAGAAAACGAACAGCGUCGAAAGUUGGCUGAACAAGUAUAUUUUUAGUUAUUUUUAAGCCUGUUACUUAUUGGGACAAAAUGUCUCUUUCGGAAAAUUAUUAGCUAAAGUUUUGGUAAGUGUAUUGGAAUAUAGCAAACUUCCCAAAAAUCAUUAAAAUGCCAAAUUAUGUGUCUUAGGGUCAUUUCUAUUUUUUGGCAUUUCAAUGGCUUUUGCGUUUUUGGCAUUCCAUUGUUUGGUGUUUCGGUGAUUUGGAAUUAUAUUAGGCAAUAUCUU